UGCAAUACAUGCACGGUGUAGCGAGUCUAGCAGUAUGCAGCGCGCGAUCGCCGACAGUUUCGGCUAGCUGGUGCGUGUGUGUGUGGUGUUGAUUUUUAUCAGCUUCAAGGCGCUUCGAGACUUUCAUUCCGACUCGUUACCCGCGUCAAUUCGACGUUACGCACGGACGCUUCGAUCAACAUGAGAUGCGGUCCCUCGGCUAUCUUCGCAGGUCAACCACCAACACUCUGCAACUCCUGCAGUCACAUUCCGCGUCCGGGCGCAAAGGCCCGCGUGUUUUCACCAGGAGUGAGUCGAGCUUUGUGCCUAGGAAGGUGCUCAUUGUGACGAAACUGUCUCGAUACUACUUCGAGAAAAUGCGAAAGUCCGAACUCAACGAGAACCAGCUGAAGCUGAGGCUGCUGGAAAGUGGCUACGAUUACAAUGCCAUGCUCGCGAGUCACACGGCCACCAAGGCCGUGGAGUGUCAAGUGACCGAGAUCUUGCGGCAGAUGAAUGUGGAAUAUAAGAUAGUAAAUAGGACGAACCUAGACCAAUCGCUCUUUACAUGGGCGGACCUGAUAGUGCCGAUCGGCGGCGACGGAACGUUCCUUCUGGCCUCGAACUUGAUAUUUAACAGCGAGAAACCGAUAAUGGGCAUCAAUUCGUAUCCCGAAAAGUCCGAGGGUUAUCUCAUGUUGUCUGCGAAGUACACGAGGAACGUACCGGAGAUCUUCAAGAUGUUAAAGGCCGGAAAUUACAACACACUCAUGCGACGGAGGAUCCGCAUUACUCUGAUGGGAAAGGAUAUCUGGGCGGAUCCUUUUCACCUGCAUGAGAAAGGGCGUAUUGUCGGUGCCGAUAAGGUCUUUGCGGAGCAAAAACCAGAAAACUGCGAGCACAACGAGUUACCGCAGGAGAGACAUCUACCCUGGUUGGCGCUCAAUGAAGUUUUCAUGGGUGAGACGUUGUCGGCGAGAACAAGCUCCUUGCUCAUGAAGUUGGAUAAUAAAGAGAACUAUCACAAAGUAAAAGGCUCUGGUUUGUGCGUAAGCACCGGUACGGGAUCGACGUCUUGGUACAGAUCCAUGCACAGCCUGAGUCACCAAACCGUGCGUGAGAUAUUGAAGCUCGUGGACACCGAGCGACAAUUCAGCAACGAUGAAGUCGACAAGAUUUGCGCAACUUUUAACAGUGGCCUACGAUUUGACGCUGAGGAGCUCAAACUGUGUUAUUCUAUAAGAGACAUGAUAGUGACUAAUGCAGUGCCAGUGCCAAAGCUAAUGCAUCCUCGAGGUUUCUGCACGAAAAUCACCGUAAGAUCACAGUGUCACGAUGCAUCUCUGGUUAUCGACGGUGGUAUAGCAGUCCCCUUCGUUUACGGCACCAUCGCGAAAGUGGAGAUCUUCCCCGAGGACUCCCUGCAAACAAUUACGCUCCCCGACUGAACAGGAACAGUUUCAUCAGUGACUUUUAGAACAGGUCAAGCAGUGUUUUACGAUAGCUGCGAUUAGGUGAAAUAAGGAGAAUAAUCAGUCCAUCGCGAUGGGAAUGAAUAGAAACAUUCCCGUAGUGAUUAUAAAAUAUGAUGGGCUGAAAUCCGAAUUUAUAUAUAUAUAUACCAAAAGAAAAAGGUAUGAAAGAUUCUCGUGGUGGAUAAUCGGUAAGAAUAUAAGUCUAUUGAAAUAUGAGAAACGCGCAACUAAAGAUGAAUACAAAUUUUUUUUUAGUAAUUAGCUAUCAAGUGGAUGGUAAGUCAUUCGCGAUGCUGAAGAGUACUAUAGUAUUUCACAUGUGUUGAAAAUCUGACAAAUUGGUUCGACACACAAUACAUAAUACUCUACACUGUUGUGUUCCCAUUCAGAUUUAUCUAUAUCCCACAUUCAUAAAAACGGCUUUUAUCGGCCUUCUAUUUUUACUGGUUUUAUGAAAAAAUUCUUUUUAAAUACGUUUAGUAGAGAGAGAGAGAGAGAGAGAGAGAGAGAGGAGGUGGGAGGGGAUAACAAAUAAAGUUUUUUGACAACGAUAGUUACAAGUAUGCAUAAGAAAAAGAUGAGAAAAAAUAUAAGUUAAAAUUAGUAUUUACGUUGUAUUCAUCCUGGCUUUCAUAGAAUAUAUAAGAAGUAAAUGUGUAAAGGCCUAAUAUAUCUACUUAAUUUAAAGUAGAAAGAAAACUGCUAUAUUAUCAUGAUCUCGCAUUUUAAAAUGAUUGACAUUUGAUAUAUAUGCGUAACAUUAAUGUAAAAUCCUAUAUUAAGAAGUUUUUCUGCAUUUUUGUAUUACUUACUGAAUAUUGAACAAAAAUAUAUACAUAGAUUGGAAAGUCCGAAAUAUUUUAGAAUCAUUGAUUAUAUUACGAUCCUUCGACUGUACGCGUCAUUGUGAACGGACUUAUUUUAGAAUCGCGUUUAUAUACACAUUGUCAUGUUUAUAAUAAUUGAAAAAGUUCUCUUGCCCUGUCUGUAUCAUAUAAAUUUGUUAAAUUUUCUGAAAUUAUCAACGCUUUAUUAGAUAUAUGCUUUAGAUAUA